AUGUCCAACCACUCUACCUUCAGCGUGGACCACUCCUUCCGCGCCUUCGUCGAGGCCCUCCGCACCGACAAUGACCUCGUUGAAAUCAACACCGAAAUCGACCCCCAUCUCGAAGCCGCCGCCAUCACCCGUCUCGUCUGCGAAACCGACGACAAAGCCCCCCUGUUCAACAACCUCAAGGGCAUGGGCAAGAAAGGCCUCUUCCGGAUCCUCGGUGCCCCCGCUUCUCUCCGCGCAUCCAAAAAAGACCGCUAUGGCCGUCUUGCCCGCCACCUCGCCCUCCCUCCCACCGCCAGCAUGAAGGAAAUCCUCGAUAAGAUGCUCUCCGCUAGCACCCUCCCCCCGAUCCCUCCCACCAUCGUCCCCUCUGGCCCCGUCAAGGAGAACUCCCUCACCGGCGACGAAAUCGACCUCACGGCCCUUCCCGUCCCCAUGAUCCACCAGUCUGAUGGCGGGAAAUACAUCCAAACCUACGGCAUGCACGUCGUCCAAUCCCCUGACGGCUCCUGGACCAAUUGGUCCAUCGCCCGCGCCAUGGUCAAGGACCGGAACCAUCUGACCGGCCUCGUCAUCGAACCCCAACACAUCUGGCAAAUCCACCAGAUGUGGAAAAAGGAGGGCCGUGACGUCCCUUGGGCCCUCUGCUUCGGUGUUCCCCCUGCCGCUAUCAUGGCGUCUUCCAUGCCCAUCCCCGACGGCGUCACCGAGGCUGACUACGUCGGCGCCAUGACCGGUCGUCCUCUGGAACUGGUCAAAUGCGAUACCAAUGACUUGCACGUGCCUGCCAACGCUGAGAUCGUCAUGGAAGGUACCCUCUCCAUUAGCGAGACCGCUGACGAGGGUCCCUUUGGCGAAAUGCACGGAUACGUCUUCCCCGGGGAUACCCACAAAUGGCCCGUCUACACCGUCAACAAGAUCACCUACCGGACCAACCCCAUCAUGCCUAUGUCCGCGUGCGGCCGUCUCACUGACGAAACUCACACUAUGAUCGGUGCUCUGGCGGCAGCUGAAAUCCGCAAGGUGUGCCAGAACGCCGGACUGCCUAUCACCGAGGCGUUCUCCCCGUUCGAGUCCCAGGUCACUUGGGUGGCGUUGAAGGUGGAUACGGAGAAGUUGCGCGCUAUGCAAAUCGCCCCGAAGGACUUCCAGAAGCAGGUCGGCGAUGUCGUGUUCGCGCACAAGGCCGGAUACACUAUCCACCGACUGGUGCUGGUUGGUGACGAUAUCGACGUCUACAAUGGUAAGGACGUCAUGUGGGCGUUCUCCACUCGGUGCCGUCCCAAUGCCGAUGAGACGUUCUUUGAAGAUGUUCGUGGAUUCCCUCUCAUUCCGUACAUGUCUCACGGUACAGGAAUCCCGAACAAGGGCGGCAAGGUUGUUUCUGAUGCUCUGAUGCCGACGGAGUAUACCACCGGGGCGGACUGGGAGGCGGCUGAUUUCGAACACUCCUACCCGGAGGCACUGAAGGAGAAGGUGAGGGCUAACUGGGAGAGUUUGGGAUUCCGCAAGUUGGACUAGAUAGCCUGGCCUACACAAGAUGCUUGUUAUACACUUAUCAUGUAAAUAGACAAUUAC